AAGAAGCGUUUUAGCGUUGUAUUGCGUUGGAUGGAAUGUGAUUGUUUGCCAGCUCGGCUCUCAAGUCUCAAUUGUUACUCAUUCUCGUUUAAUAAAUCCAAAGUCAUUGUGAAUUGCCUCCGUGAUCGGUCGUUAUUAUCAGCUCACGAUGACGCUGGAAACGAUAAAAUGGAACAGGGCAGACGGCAAGCUGGAAAUCCUAGACCAAACGUUGGUGCCGACAACGAUCAGCUAUAUUGAGAUCAAAGGCGUCAAAGAUGGCUGGAAUGCCAUCAACAAGAUGCAGGUACGAGGCGCACCAGCCAUCGCUAUGGUGGGCUGUCUCAGUAUGGCAGUAGAGCUCCUUCAACAUCCAGGCAUUUAUAAUGACAAGGAUGCUCUAUUUCGGGAUAUCACGGAUAAAAUGGAUUACUUAGUAACGGCACGUCCUACUGCAGUCAACUUGAAAUUAGAAGCUGAAGGCUGCAAAAAUUUGGCAGAGCAUAUGAGAGUCAAUUUCAUAUGCCAUGAUAUAGACUUUAUGAUAAAAAAUUUUAUAGAGCAUGUAGAUUUUAAGCUGAGGACUGAUGUAAAGGACAAUAAAUCAAUCGGGAAAUUUGGAGCGGACGAAAUUCUACGCAAUGUGCCUGAGGGAAGUUCUGUCACAAUUCUCACCCAUUGCAAUACCGGGAGUUUCGCUACCAUGGGAUAUGGCACAGCUUUAGGUGUCAUCAGAUCUCUUCACGAGAAGGGAAGGCUUGAGCACGUUUAUUGUACCGAGACCAGACCAUACAAUCAAGGCGCACGUUUAACCGCAUUUGAAUUGGUGCACGACAAGAUACCAGCAACCUUAAUUUGCGACAACAUGGUCGCUGCGUUAAUGAAAACGAAAAAGAUUACCGCUGUUGUUGUAGGCGCAGAUACGGUCGUCGGAAAUGGUGAUACAGCAAAUAAAAUUGGGACUUAUCAGAUUGCAAUUCUCGCCAAACAUCACGAUAUUCCUUUCUAUGUGGCUGCACCACUGUCAUCUAUAGACGGAAAGUUAUCCAGUGGUGAUCAGAUAAUCAUUGAGGAGCGACCUGAACGAGAGAUGACUCACAUAAACGACAUGAGAAUCGCAGCAGAGGGAAUAACAUGUUGGAAUCCUGCAUUCGAUGUGACACCGGCGAGUUUAAUCACUGGCAUAAUUACGAAUGCUGGUGUUUCUAAACCAUCAGAUAUUUUAGAUUUUAUCGCUAAAUAUAUUGGUAUUACUAGAGAUACUUUGAUGGAGCUUCAACAUUUAAGCAUGAAUUGCGACGACGAUUCCUGAUUGGCUCCCGUCGCUUGGGGUAUAACGGGAAGUGUGAGAGAGAAUGAAACUGAUGAAAUUCGAAACAUCUUUUAUGAACAUAUACGUUUGCGAACAUUUAUGUGCGUGCACACUAAUCGUGAAUAUCAAGAUGCAUGAUUAAUUUAGUCUCUUGAGAAACAGUGCCAUUGAAAAUAACUAUAUAAUAUAAAAACUCAGGGAAGUCAUGUUUAUUAACUGUGUAAUUUAGUAUUAAGUUACCAUAAUUAUAUCAUAAUAACACCAUUCCAUAUU